AUGGCAAGCAUUGAAACUCCAAAUUCGAGCUUAUUAUCUGGUGCUGCACCCUUUGCGAUCUCAGAAACCUUGGAGCCAGAUGUUGAGGCUGCUCAAGGAACAAAGGCCAAGGGUAAUACUACACCAACGUCAUCCAGUGGCGCUAGCUUUCCACUUAUUAUUUCGAUCAUUAGCCCUUUUGAUUUUUGGACAGUUAAGAACGUAACCGGAAGAUUAUUGGUUGGAUUAAGAUGGUGGAAUGAUAUUCAACCCGAUGGAACUAACGUUUGGAUGUUUGAAAGCCGUGAUCCCUCACGACCCGUCAAUCAAACAGAUUCCCGCAUUUUUUGGACCUCGCUUUAUUUGUCAGUAGUUAUAUGGAUCUUACUUGCUUUCUUUGUUUUAAUUCAACCAAGUUGGCUUCUUAUUGUUGCCGUCGCGAUAACUUUAAAUUUGGCUAAUGUAAUUGGUUACACACAAUGUGAUAAAGAUGCUAAACGUAAAUGGGCAACGGGCUUUGCGGCAAGGGCAGCAACAUCAAAUCCAAGUCUUGCUGGAAGACUAUUUUCAGCAGGAUUGGGAAGAUUCUUUACUUGA